GUCGAAAACCAAAAUGUGUGUUUGGUCCUUGGAAAUCCAAAUGUCUAUUCCUUCCCUAAGAAAUAGCAGGUUUCUUUCAUUACUCUCGUCUCCGACCAAUUCCUACAAAAUGUCCAGAACAAGAUUUCCUUCCAAAACCCUUCAAUCCAACCUAGAAAUCCCACGUACAGAACCAAACCCAGGUUCUGAAUCUUCCAAAGGCAGUUCUGCAUCAGAACUUUAUGUUUUUGUUAGGAAAAAGAGAGUGAUGAAGGCAGUGGAAAUCACCAAAAGAGAGAUUAAAGCGGAACCUCAAAGCCAGAAACCUUGUGGCCUACCUGAUAUUGAAGACUUCGCAUAUGGAAAGGCCAAUGGAAGUUUCCAGUUAAAUAAUUCAAUAUCUAUCUCUGAUGUGCCUUCAAAGAAAAGCAAAACUACGUCUCCUACCAUGCCAACAGCCAAACCACCUGCCAAUUGGGAAAAGGUCCUUGAAGGGAUUCACAAAAUGAGAUCUUCUGAAGAUGCACCGGUAGAUUCUAUGGGAUGUGAGAAAGCUGGUACUUCUCUUCCCCCUAAGGAAAGAAGAUUUGCUGUCUUGGUAUCUUCGCUUCUAUCAAGCCAAACCAAGGAUAAUGUUACCCAUGGAGCUAUUCAGCGUCUCCUUGAAAAUGGUCUUCUCACUGCGGAUGCGAUUGACAAGGCUGAUGAAGCCACCAUCAAGAGCUUGAUUUACCCAGUUGGAUUUUACCCAAAAAAGGCUGUCAACAUGAAGAAAAUUGCAAAAAUUUGUCUCGUGAAGUACAAUGGAGACAUUCCUAGUACAUUGGAGGAGUUACUCCUACUUCCAGGCAUCGGUCCCAAGAUGGCUCAUCUGGUUAUGAAUGUGGGGUGGAACAAUGUUCAAGGGAUAUGUGUAGAUACUCAUGUGCACCGUAUUUGUAAUCGGCUUGGAUGGGUGUCCCGGAUAGGCACAAAACAGAAAACUUUAUCUCCUGAGGAGACUAGAAAGUCCUUGCAACUAUGGCUUCCGAAGGAAGAAUGGGUUCCAAUUAACCCUCUUUUGGUGGGAUUUGGACAGACAGUGUGCACUCCUCUCAGGCCCCGCUGUGGGAUAUGCAGUGUGAGUGAUUUCUGUCCAUCAGCAUUUAAAGAGAAUUCAAGCACGUCGUCCAAGCCGAAGAAGUCUGGCCUGAACAAGAAACUAUGAUUAAAUUGCUUCACGAGAGGUUGUACAGGUUUUUUUUUGCGUGGAAGCUCAUGGGCAAAUGAAUUUUUUGGUCUCAAAGGCUCUAAUUGGUGCUCCACAUGUCAUCAUAGAUGAGUAGUUUUUUUUGUUGCAAAGAGUGUUUUAUGAGAUGGAAUUGAAGUUGGAUAGAUUCUUUUGGUAAAGCCAUUGUAGUUAUUACUUUUUCACCGAAGAUUGUAAUAUGAACCCAGAAGAUCAGAACCAGCUAUUUGGGAAAUUCUCUCUCGCUCUGUGUGUCUGUGUGUGUACUCGAACUUAUUGCAACACUAUUUUGAAUUUCUACUGAUUAUUAAUCCAAAUAUCUCCAGUUUGAUUAA